UGUGUGUGUGUGUGUGUGUGUGUGUGUGCGCGCGCGCAUGUGGGUAGGGGGCUCUCUGGCUUUUGAAAGGUCUGGAUUGUAUCUGCUUUUCAGUCAUCACCUUCACGAGAACUGACUUCAGGGUGUUCACCAAGGAAAACAGAUUCCCACGCUGGAGAGGAGAGAGGAUGCCGUCUUCUGAGACUGGCUGUUAAGGACGGGCAGGUCCUCCCCUCCACUCAGAAUGCCUUUUCAAGCCUUUCACAGCUUUAAAGAAAAUAUCUUGAAGCCUGGAAAAGAAGGAGUGAAGAACGUCCUGGGAGAUUCACUGGGGAUUUUAAGAAGAAAGCUGGAUGGGACGCAUGAGGAGGAAGUCCACAUUGAGCUGAAUGAGGAAGGAAGGCCAGUGCCGUCCUCGCGGCGGGGCCCUCUGCCCUGUGACUGCGGCUGCUGGGGCGUCCCCAAGCGCUAUAUCAUCGCCAUCAUGAGCGGCCUGGGAUUCUGCAUUUCCUUCGGCAUUCGCUGCAAUCUUGGUGUCGCCAUUGUGGAAAUGGUCAACAACAGUACCGUCUAUGUUGAUGGCAAGCCAGAAAUUCAGAUAGCCCAGUUUGACUGGGAUCCGGAGACGGUGGGCCUUAUCCAUGGAUCAUUUUUCUGGGGUUAUAUCGUGACACAGAUUCCAGGAGGUUUCAUUUCCAACAAGUUUGCUGCUAGCAGGGUCUUUGGAGCCGCCAUCUUCCUGACGUCAGCUCUGAACAUGUUCAUCCCUUCUGCGGCCAGAGCGCAUUAUGGCUGUGUCAUGUGUGUCCGGAUUCUGCAAGGUCUGGUGGAGGGAGUGACCUACCCAGCCUGUCACGGGAUGUGGAGUAAGUGGGCCCCGCCUUUGGAGAGGAGCCGGCUGGCCACGACUUCGUUCUGUGGAUCCUACGCAGGGGCUGUGAUCGCCAUGCCCCUGGCUGGGGUGCUGGUACAGUACAUCGGAUGGGCCUCUGUCUUUUACAUUUACGGCAUAUUUGGGAUCACCUGGUACGGGUUCUGGCUGCUGCAGGCCUACGAGUGCCCGGCGGCUCACCCCACGAUAUCCAGUGAGGAGAGGACCUACAUAGAGACAAGCAUAGGAGCAGGGGCCCACAUGGCCAGUCUCACUAAAUUUAACACCCCAUGGAAAAGAUUUUUCACCUCAUUGCCGGUCUAUGCGAUCAUUGUGGCAAAUUUUUGCAGAAGUUGGACCUUUUAUCUGCUGUUAAUAAGUCAACCUGCUUAUUUUGAAGAGGUCUUUGGAUUUGCAAUAAGUAAGGUGGGCCUCCUGUCAGCGGUCCCUCACAUGGUCAUGACUAUCAUUGUGCCUAUUGGAGGGCAGCUGGCUGAUUAUUUAAGAAGCAGAAGAAUUCUGACCACCACUGCUGUCAGAAAAAUCAUGAACUGUGGAGGCUUUGGCAUGGAGGCAACGUUGCUGUUGGUGGUUGGCUUUUCCCACACCAAAGAGGUGGCUAUAUCUUUCCUGGUCCUUGCUGUGGGGUUUAGUGGCUUCGCUAUUUCAGGUUUCAACGUCAACCACCUGGACAUUGCUCCCUGCUAUGCCAGCAUUCUCAUGGGCAUCUCCAACGGAGUGGGAACCCUUUCUGGAAUGGUCUGUCCCCUCAUUGUUGGUGCAAUGACCAAGCACAAGACCCGCGAGGAAUGGCAGAAUGUGUUCCUCAUAGCCGCCCUGGUGCACUAUAGUGGGGUCAUCUUCUAUGGCGUCUUUGCUUCUGGGGAGAAGCAGGACUGGGCUGACCCCGGGAGCGUCUGUGAGGACAAGCGUGGAAUCAUAGACCAAGAUGAGCUAGCGGAGGAGACAGAGCUCAACCACGAGAGCUUCGCAAGCCUCCCAAAGAAGAUGUCAUAUGGAGCCACCACCCAGAACUGUGACGUCCAGAGGGAGUGGAGAGGACAGAGGGCAGUGACCUUGGAGGAGGAGGAGGGGGAGGAGGAGGAGCCGACAUCUUACCAGAACGGAGAAGGAGACCUCCCACACUCACCCUAAUGUCUGAAGGGCACAUUCAUUUUUUUCCCUCUACCCAGAACGAGAACGGACCUAGACCCAUUGGCUUCUUCAUACCCUGGCCUGCCAGAGGGGCAGAUAUCUAACAGAGGGGAACAUGAUGGGGGUGGGGUGGGGAGGACAGGACUCAGUG